AUGUAUCUCGCCGACGACUGCUUCCACUCGAGCAUCACGUGCCAACCUGACAGCCUCAGGCCAAAGCUCGUGGCGAAGCUGUUGAACGUGAAGCCCAGUCCGCGCGUGGGGACCCCUACGCAGUACGUGCUGCAGUGCACACUCGACAGGACGGACUUGGAGUGGACCGUGGAGCGCCGGUACUCGGAUUUUCGCGAGCUGAGGAAGGUACUGCACGCGUUCUUCUUGCGCCGCGGCGGGGGUGCCCGUCCGCAGUGCUUUGGGUGUGCUUGGUUCGCCCAAACGCUGCGCGGGUACUGGUUCCCACGACGACACCUCCUGUGCUCGCGCUCGCCCGACGUGGUCAACCAGCGCCGCGUUGGACUCCACCAGUUCGUGCUGAUACUAGCGUCGCACACGUUCUCAGCGGUGCCCAAGUGUACCUCCUGCGCCGACGCCAUCUUCCCGAUCGUGCGCGACUUCUUCUUGCGG